AAGAGUGGUUCUCGUCUUCUUUUGGUGGAGAACAUAGGACCCGAGAACUUGGUGACUAUACUGUUUAGCUUUUGGUUUUCGCUUCUUGCAAGGGGAGUUGCUGGUUCAUCUGCUAUUUCUUUUUAUUCUUCGGGAUUACUUCCUAACGAUCGAGGUCCAUGGGAGCAUGGUAUUCGAACAACUGAGACUUUGAAGCUGAAAGCCUUUCCUUUUCAUCAUAAAAAAAUAUCAAUGGAGCUCGGUUUUUCUUCCCAAUCCAAAAGGAAAAGAGAUAAAGUAUCUUCCUCUAAGGUUCCAUUCCAAAAUCCUCCGGAUUUCGACCCGAGUCCGUCUUUUCUGACCCUUUUCUCCUCAUCUAAAAAGAAAUGGGAUUCUCCGGGUUUCGGUCCGGGUCCGGCUUCUCCAGUAUGGCAUAGCGACUCAGAUGGUGCAACCGCACUAAAAUUUGUACUAGACUCACCAUCCUCUAGUCUUUCCGAGGUAGAGACUCGGAUGGCAUCAAAACUUGUCUCGUUAAUGAACGAAUUUGUUAGAGGGGUUCAUUUUUCAAGGCAAUUGCAGCAGAAAGCCGAUGAAGCCCCUUCUGCACGUUCGAUGUUGGCAGUUGAUAGGUGCAAUAGAGUCUUUGGGAGCAAAAAAAGGAGAAAUCAUCCAUUUGGAGCGAAAAGAGCAAAAAGAUCAAUUGGCGGGCGAAAUAUAUUUGGAGCCGGCUAGGUUGUGCAAGAAAGAGGUGAUGAACAACCUGUCAGUUUCUCAAAACCGACAGUUAAGCAAGAAAGAAUAGGCUGUCAGUUAUCUGGAACUGACAAGCCAAAUAUCACUUCAGUGGCCCUUAUCAUCACCCGUGGGGUGCCAAUAACAGUCCCAACAUUUCUAACCCUAAAUCGAGAACAUUACUUCCCAAAUCAUUUUCUCUACCUGGGAGUAAAUAGGCAGAGACAGAAAGGGAGGCAGCUCCAAAUUGAGAGAGAUUGGGAAGGAAAUCGAGUUAUUGUUGCUCGAAUUGAUGAGAGAGGCCAAAUCGAAGAUAAAAUGGGGAUGGCUACUGUUCUGUUCAACCGAGAGAAGAAUCGGAUUCAGGUGAAGAUAGGGUUCGAGUCCAGGGUGAUUGAGAACUGAGAUUCAAAUGAUGAGUGAACUGUAAAUGUCAAAUUAGGAGAUGGGUUUGGUGAUUCUAGAGCCAUGGAAGGCAUUAGAAGACAGGGGUUGCUCUCAAUUUCUCUUGAGGAUACGAAUUCAUGAGAUUCUGAAGUGGUUUGGUUGAGAUGGUGGUGCUGAGAUAGCAACAUGGGUUUGAUUGAAGAGUUUGUAAAGAAUUAGAGCAUGGGUCUGUGUUGGAAUCGUUAUUAGGGAGAAAGAAUGAUGAUGGCUGCUGAUGAAUUUAUUGAGUUGCUGGUGAAGACAGUAAUGAAGGAGAAAGGAGGUCUGAAACUGUUGGAUGAUAUGGAUUUGAUUCAGCUGUUGCCAUGUAUUUGUGCUUGGCAGAGAGAUGCCUCGAAAUUGAAGCUGCAGCUAAUGGUAUCAAAGAUGAUGAAUGAAUGAGUAUCUGUCAGUAACUGGAUUUCAGAUGAGUGAAGUACUGAAUUUGGUCAAGAAGAGGUGAUAUCGGGAUGGUUUCACUGAGAAGAACACAGAGGAGAUGGCUGGAAGGUGAAUGUGCAGGAUAGGAGACUGGUGGCUGUAGUGUGCAGAAUGAUGCUGUUGCAAAUGAGCUGAGCAGAUCUUGGAGCUGAAAUGGGUGCUAAAGCUGGUACUUGUGUGUAUGACUGAGAUAAUGGAGCUGGUACUUCAGAGUUGAUGGUGCUGAAGGAAAUGGAGAAUGGCUCAAGCAGUGAAAGAUUGCAGAGGAAUGAAGCUGGAUUUGUUUGUGGCAGUUGAGAUUGGUUCGAAUAUGGUGUUGUUGGUGUUGAAAGACAACAAAGAAGACCUGAGAUAGAGAAGAAAUGUGCCUAAUGGGUAUCGCGUGCGAGUGAAAUGAAGUUAGUUCUGUGAUGCACAAUGGUUGAGAAUUGCAGAAUAAGCUUAUGCAGCUGGUGAAUAAUAUUACAAGGGAAGCCAGAACAUGGUACCAGAACAUGGUGGUGUUGUAUUCUUGGUGGUUUCUGGUAGAGCUGUAGGCUGGAAUUGCAGUUGGAUGAGGUUCUGGUUGUGCUCGAAUUGGUGAUGCUGCAACAGAAGGAAGAUUACUAGUAAAGAUGGAAUGGUUCUGGCGGUAUUUUCAGCUGUACAGGUCAUGGUGAUGGCAGAGACUGAAGAUGGAUUGUGCUGCAUUGAUUUCGUGUUUCUCAGCAAGAGAUGAAAGUGGUGAAGCUAAGAAGGGAAGGAAGGAAUUGAUACUGAGGUUCACAAGUGGCUGGAACUGAUGGUUGUUGAUCAACGAGAAGCAAUUGCAAUUGAUGGGUAUUAUGGAAUGGAAGUAUAUGAGCUGAAGGCUGAGUGCCAGCAGUGACUUUGGCGUGAAGUGAAACUGGUUUUGUAGUAUGUAUAUGAAUGAAUGAAUAUUAAUCGAUAGAUGUAUGCUUGUUAGGUUGCGAGGAAAUGGAGCUGUGCUACCAGUUUGGUCGAGAUUUGAGCUGAACUGAAAUGGGUUGUUGGUUUGAGGCAGCAGUGAAGUUGUUGGUGUAUGUUUACAAAGGAUUCUGAGAAGCAGCAGAUGAAUUGAAACUGGUUUACAGUGGAGAUGUUAUAGAGUUGGAGGAGCAAAAAAAGCCGAAUUGGAGCAAUAAGGUAUUGUGUUUGGUAUACAGGGAGAUGGUGCUGCUGUUGCACCUAGAAGACUGAGAAGUUUGUGCAAGUGAUGCAGUUACAGAGCCAUAGUGUGCAGCUGGUGCCGAGAAGAACUGAAAUGGAGUCAGUGGAAAGUGAUAGAGCUUACAGGGAAAUGGUUGAUGCUGGGCUAUGGUUGAGCUGAGGAUGUUGGUGCCUGAAGCUGGAGGAAUUUAUGCAAACUGUGACGAGCAUAUGGAACUGAGCUGGAGGAAGUGAUAUUGAAGCUGCACUGUUGUGAAGGGUGUAGGUGAAUUGAAGCUCAAACUAAGGUAGAACUGGUGAUUGUCAUGGGUGCAUUGGUUGUAUUGCAGAGUAUUGGACUGAGAAGUUGCAAGAUGGCUGAGCUGAAUUGCAGGUAGAUGGACUGAUAAUGGUGGUAAUGAAUUGAUCAAUGGAAUAGGCUGUGAGUUGCAUCUGUGACUGAAUGGAAUUGGGUAGAGCUGAGAUGUUGGAAGCUGGAGCAUUGGUAGUUUUGGAUAGUGAAUAGCAUGGCCUGAAGUAGAGUUUGUAAUUGGCUGAGGAAGGAAUGGGAAGAGCAGAUGAAUGUUGGGAGUUGAAACUGUGUAGAGAAUAAUGGCCGGAAUCGGCUGGGAACUUAUCAGAAACAGUCAAAACUCGUCGGGGAUCGGUUACGACCGAGUCGACUCAGUGAUCCAGAGAUGGCUUGGUUGGACGUGGACCUGCUCUCACUGGGCUUCACUCGGGUGUGUGACCAAGGCAGAGACUAUAUAAAAGGGAUAUCUCUUUACACAUGAGGGGGCUUGAAUAUCUCAUCUUCUUCUACUUUGGUUCUAGGGUUUAGAACAUGAUGGCUUUUCUAUUCCUUCUUGUGAUGAACUCCUUUAACAUGAGUACUUAAUUUUAUCAUUGAUUUAAGGAAUAAGUUGGAUUUCCAAAUAUGGGUUUUUAUGCAAUGAAUUAGUUUUGUCUCCA